AUGAAAGUGCAGCGCCUCGUCGUCGUCCUCUUCGCCAGCGCUGCAGCGCUCGUCCCGAGCCGCCGCGCGCCGCCGCGGCCGAACAAGCCGACGGCGCUCUACAACGCGAUCAAGGCGCCGUUCGAGAGCCCGCACGCGCAGCAGUACGUCGUCUGCGCGCGGCGCGCCAUCGACGACGGCGCCUUCGACACGGCGCGCAAGACCUACGCCUACUACCACGAGCGCCACUCGCUGCGCCACAAGCGCGACGCGGCGAAGAUGGUGCUCCGCUGGGCGCUGCUCGAGCAGCGCGCGCUGAACGCGACGGGCGCGCGCGCGGUCUUCAAGCUCGGGGCGCGCGUCGUCCACGACGAGCUCCGCAACGGCGACGCCGACCUGCGGCGCGCGGCGGCGACGCUUUUUUGCAGCUGGGGCCUCGCCGAGUACCGCCACCAGCACGAACUGGGGUCCAAGAACGCGCGCGACCGCGCCACGGCGCUCCUGCGCCACGCGACGACGCUCGACGAGAGCAAGGCGCCCGUCCUGAAGUGGCGCAUGUUCUCGGCCACGGAGGAAAAACCACCGACGGAGACGAAGAAGAAGAAGAAGAUGGUGCCGCCGCCGCGGCGCACGCCCAUCAACCAGUUGCCGGCCGAGGGCAGCGCGGACGACCCCUUCGCGCUCAACGUCUGGAAGCGGCGCAUCCUCGAGCGCUUCGCGCGGUUCCACGACGACCUGCUGAGCGCCUGCGAGCGCGACGACGCGGCCGCGGUGGAGGCCGCGUGCAAGGUCCUCGAGACGCGGAACGGCAAGCGCUGCCCGGGGCGGUCCAAGGACCUCGUCGGCGCCUGGACGCUGCGCUGGGCCGCGGGCGCGCGGGCGGCGCGCGAGCCGCUCGUCGUGCGCGGGCCCGGCGGCGUCGACGCCGUGCCCGACGGGCCGGGCAGCCCCAAGGACCCGUUCCUGGACGUCGGCGCGGCCUACGAGUGCGAGGGCCUCGCCGCGGGGCUGACGCCGCGGUCGGACCGGGCGCUCGCGCUGGACGGGGCGCGCGGCGCGCCGGCGGCCUUCGACUGCACGUACCUCGACGAGCGCGUCUGGAUCGGCCGCGACGACCGCGGCGCGGCCGUCGUCUUCGCGCGCGAGCCGUGA